AGCAAAUUAUGCGAUCAGAGCGGAAUUAUGUAAUUCCGCCUCAACACCAAAUCCAAACACCGUGAUUGACAGCAUCAUAGUAAUCCGUAUAUAAGAGGGAGACGCAGUAGCUCCAAAGUCACUAACACUUAAGUCCUGUCGUGUGUGGAUCUAGUGGGGUCAGUGGACUUGGAAUUUUGCGCACCUUUUUAUUUUACUUUUUGAUUGUCUCAUAUUUAUAAGAAGGCAAUUUUGUCUCCUCGUUGGGCAUUGUGGAGCUAUUUUCCAGGAUUGUACUUUUGUACCAGGAGCUAUGAUUCUCAGAAGUGUCCACUGGCUGCCCGUGUUAUUUCUGUACGUUUCGGCGGCGGCUCAAGAUGGAGAGGUGGAGGAUGAGACCAUGUUCGACCUGUUUGAAGUCAGCCACGUCACACGCAAGACUCUGGGCGCAAAACUCUUCCGGGGCCAGGACCCCGACACGCCCGCGUACCGUUUCAUCCGCUUCGACCACCUGCCCUCGGUCAGGGCGCCGGUGCUGAAGCAGAUCCUGCGGCAGAUCCAGAACAAUGAGGGCUUCGUGUUCGCGGCGACCAUGCGCCAGGACCGCGGCUCUCGGGGCACCCUGGUGGCCCUGGAGGGCCCCGGCACGAAGCGCCAGUUUGAGAUCCUGUCCAACGGCCGCGCCAACACCCUGGACCUGGUGUACUGGACCGGCGGCUCGCAGAACGUGGUGUCCUUCGAGGACGUGGACCUGUCCGACUCGCAGUGGAAGAACAUCACGCUGCACGUGCACGGCGAGAACGCCAACCUUUACGUGGGCUGCAGCCUUAUCGACAGCUUCAUCCUGGACGAGCCCUUCUACGAGCACCUCCGAGCCGAUGGGAGCCGGAUGUUCGUCGCCAAGGGGUCCAUCCGCGAGAACCACUUCAGGGGUCUGCUACAGAACAUCCGCUUCAUCUUUGACACGACGGUGGACGACAUCCUGAGAAACAAAGGCUGUGAGGUCAGCAAGCCAGAGCAAGUGAACGCCAUGCACGAGACCACGGAGAUAGUGGACGCCAGCGCCGCCAUCACCACCAACUUCAUCGGGCAGAAGACGGCGAAGGCCAGCCCGGACGUGUGCGAGCGCUCCUGUGAGGAGCUGGGCAGCCUGUUCCAGGAGCUCAAGGGCCUCCGCGUUGUCGUCGGCAACCUCAUCGACGGUCUGCAGAAAGUGACUGAGGAGAACACGGUGAUGCGGGACGCUCUUGGAAAAAUGAAGAACUCCAAGGAGAAGCACAUGUGCUGGCAGGACGGCAGGCUGUUCGAGGACAAAGAGGACUGGACCGUGGACAGCUGUACCAAGUGCACCUGCCAGGAGUCCAAGAUCGUGUGUCACCAGAUCACGUGUCCCGCUGUGUCGUGUGCCAGCCCCUCUUUCAUCGAGGGCGAGUGCUGUCCCGCCUGUUUCCCCAUGGACAGCGAGGAUGGCUGGUCCCCCUGGUCUGAGUGGACAGAAUGCACGGUCACCUGUGGAACAGGAACGCAGCAGAGAGGCAGGUCGUGUGACGCCACCAGCAACCCCUGUGCCGGGCCCUCCAUUCAGACACGCAAGUGCAGUCUGGGAAAAUGUGACAGCCGCGUUCGCCAGGACGGGGGAUGGAGCUUGUGGUCGCCGUGGUCCUCGUGCUCGGUGACGUGCGGGGAGGGCCAGAUCACCCGAAUUCGACACUGCAACGCACCUGUCCCACAGCUGGGCGGCAAGGACUGCGAGGGCAACGGGCGAGAGACCCAGCGCUGCGAAGCCAAGCCCUGCCCCAUCGAUGGAGGCUGGGGUCCCUGGUCGCCAUGGGCAACCUGCUCUGUAACCUGCGGCGGUGGCAUCAGGGGCCGCACCCGAGUUUGCAACAGCCCCCGUCCCCAGUAUGGAGGAAAGAAGUGCAGCGGGGAAACCAAAUCUACCGACGUGUGCAACAAGCAGGACUGUCCCGUGGACGGCUGCCUCUCGAACCCCUGCUUCGGGGGCGUGGUCUGCACCAGUGCUCCCGAUGGCUCGUGGGAGUGCGGACCCUGCCCUGUUGGUUUCCGUGGCAACGGCACUUUCUGCGAGGACAUGAAUGAGUGUGACAUGGUCUCAGAUGUGUGCUUCAAGGUGAACGGGGUUCAGCGGUGCAUCAACACCAACCCAGGUUUCCACUGCCUUCCCUGCCCACCCCGCUACAAAGGCAACCAGCCCUUUGGUAUGGGCGUGCAGGCCGCCAAAAAGAACAAACAGGUUUGUGAGCCAGAGAACCCCUGUAAAGACAAAACCCACAGCUGCAACAAACAUGCCGAGUGCAUCUACCUCAGCCACUUCAGCGACCCCAUGUACAAGUGUGAGUGCAAGAUUGGCUAUGCCGGGGAUGGACUCAUCUGCGGGGAGGACUCAGACCUGGACGGCUGGCCCAAUCAGAAUCUGCCCUGCAACUCCAACGGAACCUUUCACUGCAAGAAGGACAACUGUCCCGACCUUCCAAACUCUGGCCAGGAAGACUUUGACAAGGACGGACAAGGGGAUGCCUGUGACAAGGACGAUGACAAUGACGGGAUUGUGGAUGAAAGGGACAACUGUGCCCUGCUGUACAACCCCCGUCAGUUUGACUACGACAAAGACGACGUGGGCGAUCGCUGCGACAACUGCCCGUACGAACACAACCCUGCUCAGAUCGACACCGACCACAACGGCGAGGGCGACGCCUGUGCGGUCGAUAUCGACGGUGAUGGAAUUCUCAAUGAGGACGAUAACUGUCCCUAUGUGUACAACACUGACCAGAAGGACACCGACCUGGAUGGAAUGGGUGACCAGUGUGACAACUGCCCUCUGAUGCACAACCCUGACCAGACCGACACUGAUAAUGACCUAGUGGGAGACCAGUGCGACAACAACCAGGACAUUGAUGAAGACGGCCACCAGAACAACCAGGACAACUGCCCCUACAUCCCCAAUGCCAAUCAGGCUGACCACGAUAAGGACGGCAAAGGCGACGCCUGCGACUACGACGAUGACAACGAUGGGAUACCAGACGAUAAAGACAAUUGCCGACUGGUUCCCAACAAAGACCAACUGGAUUCUGACGGAGAUGGCAGGGGAGACGCCUGCAAGGACGACUUUGACAACGACAACAUUCCCGAUAUCUUCGACGUCUGCCCCGAAAACAACGAGAUCAGCGUGACUGACUUCAGGAAGUUCCAGAUGGUGCACUUGGAUCCCAAGGGCACGACGCAGAUCGAUCCCAACUGGGUGGUGAGGCACCAGGGCAAGGAGCUGGUGCAGACUGCCAACUCAGAUCCUGGCAUUGCAGUGGGUUUUGAUGAGUUCAACGCGGUGGAUUUCAGCGGCACGUUCUAUGUGAACACGGACCGGGACGACGACUACGCGGGCUUUGUGUUCGGGUACCAGUCGAGCAGCCGCUUCUACGUGGUGAUGUGGAAGCAGAUCACUCAGACAUACUGGGAGGACAAGCCCUCCAAGGCCUUCGGCAUCUCCGGCGUCUCCCUCAAAGUGGUCAACUCCACGACCGGCACCGGAGAGCACCUGCGCAAUGCGCUGUGGCACACGGGCAACACCGCGGGACAGGUCCGCACCUUAUGGCAUGACCCCAAGAACAUUGGCUGGAAAGAUUACACAGCCUACAGGUGGCACCUGAUCCACAGACCAAAGACCGGCUUCAUUAGGGUGGUGGUUUACGAAGGGAAGCAGAUCAUGGCUGACUCAGGGCCUAUCUACGACACAACCUUUGCUGGAGGUCGGCUAGGGCUGUUUGUCUUUUCCCAAGAGCUUGUCUUCUUCUCUGACCUCAAAUAUGAAUGCAGAGAUAAUCCGGAUUUUCCCUCUAUGUUCAAAAGAUAACUGAGCUGCAUUUGAUAUUGGAACUGAUGCAGCGCUGCAUAGGCUCACCUCAGUCACUUCCUUGUCAUCGAGCCGGUCCCCUUGCUGGCUCACCCAAUCAAAUGGACCGUCACAAUUCCAAGCACCUCAGGGCUCAAUCCUUGCUCUCUGCUCUACCAACCAGAGGGAAGAACCAUUUUGUAUAUGACACACCCUUUUUCUAGAUAUGUAACAAAUUUUGGGGGAACAUGCAAAACACAUACAUUGUCAGUGUUUUAAAGGGAUAAUUGGAAGUUGUACAACCACUUUUUCCGUUUUUUGUACUGUUAAUUUUGUUCUUUGUUGUUUUAUUAUUUUUUUUAUCAGCAUGACCUUCAUUCACUCUCAAUAUAAGAACAUCUUGUGACCAGGUACAAUAGUUGACAAAUAUUAGUUCACAGAAUUCAGUCUGAGUGACUUUGCUUUUCCCUUUUCUCACCACACAGCAUCAAUGAUCUUAAUUGCACAAAUAGCUUUUUAUCGUUACCACAUUGUUUCCUGCCAUCUUGAAUAUGUGCCUUUUUAAAGGUUAGUUUGGUGUGUGUUUUUGUUAGUUUCUAUAUCCAAAGAAGGGUUAAUUUCAAGCAAGUGUUUUUUGAAAGAUUAUUAUUGCCAGGGGGAUGAAGAUGUUUAUAUUAAGAGUGUAUUAUAAUUUCUUCUGUAAAUUAUUUAUGUUUCUCUUCCAACAUUAAAAGUGAUUUGUUGGUUUUUUUUAAUAGGUCUUUUUUUCCUUUUUGUUGUUCUUGUUGUUGUUGUCAGAUUGUAAAUAAUUAUUUAUUUGUUCACACUGACAAGAUUUCACAAUUGAAGUGCAAACAACUAAAUUUUUAAAGCCAGAAUACAAUUUAAAGACAUUUUCAUUGGGAAUGCUACAUUGCACAUGCUUGAUCGAUAUAUUUGCCUGAAAAGUAUUACAUUAAAACUGUGCACUCUAUAAUUCUUAGAAUUUACAAGACAAAAACAAUAUCAUUUUUUAUGGUUUUUGUUUUGUCUGGCUGGAAGCAGACUGUGACUGCUCUAAAGAAUCAGGUCAAGAGCUAGUGCGAAAUCAAUACUGCGACUUUAAGAAUGCUAUGCUAUAGAAGUUACAGGUUUAAAAACUGUGUUGAUUUCAUCAGCCAGUGCUUAUAUAUCAUUGAAGGAGAGCAUUGUGGGACAUAAAUUGUCAGAUGGGAUGCAGUCACAACACUUAAAAGCAAGUAAAUCAUGUACUGGUGUCAGGGGCCCAUGUUGAUGGAGCAGACAGAUGUUAUUUUGUGUUUUUACUUUGCCAGAAAUUAAACCCUGUGCGGUAAUUAAAGGAAAUGUAAUCUCAGAGGUUACUCUCUCACCUGAAUAGGCUGAAUCAUAUGGAUCAAGACAUUUGCAAUGUAUAGCUACUAGAUUUUUUUUGUUUUGUUUUGUUAUGUAUAGCAUUAUUGUUUUUAUAUUUAAUAGCUAGCAUAUUAUGUUUUGUGUUUUGUAUGAUAUUUUUUUAUGCACAAAUGUAAAUUCUUUCUGAUAUCCUUGUUUGACAUACAUUUUUAAAACAAA